CCCACGACAUAGCAGGAAUGGCAUGAACUCCAGACUAGUAGCUCACAUAAGCAAGUCCCAUGAUCUUGGCAUGGAUAUAGAAAGAGUGGAGACUGAAUGUACAUCUGUCAGCAGUGAUUUGGAAUGCUGCCACUGCAGGAUGAUGGUCCCAUUUGUGCUUUAAGCCUCUGGGAGUGCUGAGUGAAAACAACAUCCUCCUUCCUACUCCUCCAGUGAAACUAGGAGGGCUAGAUUUUUUUUAAAAAAUGAAGUCUGAGUUCCUCUUGAUUAUGUCAGGUCAGGUAUGGAGUUCUUUCCUUAUUUAGGUGCUUAUCUGAAAUGAUCAGUGCAUGAUCCUACUUAUUAUUUAAUAAGGAACUUUGUCCACUAUUAAAAGAAAGUAGCGUAUAUGUUGUAACACCUCUUUUGAUAGUGUUUUAACUUACAUGCUGAUAUAAUCAUAAACCAACUGUUGGGGGAUGCAUUUCUCCAAAACUAGAGUUGCUACAAAUGUAAUUACGGAAGGAUAUAAUUACUCUAGAAAUUGUACCUCAAGCCUUACUAUUUUAUCUCCUUACGAGAUACUCCUUAAGAAGCAAGCAGAGAAUUGAGGGGUGAUUUAAGUGUUACCAUAUAUACUAAUAGCCAGCUGAGGUGCUGAGCUAUGACAGCUGCAUAGCCAAAAUGUGAUCGCCAAGAAAAAGAUGGAGGUAGCAGUGUGCUUUGGAGAACCUCCAGGGAUUCCAGAACUAGAAUGAAUCUUUAGGAAAAUAAACUUAAGAGGAAAAUCUUUAGGAAAAUAAACUCCCUUUCACAGAAAAUCUUCCCGGUAAAGACUGAGCAUGUGGAUGGGAUAACAGUUGCAGUCAGCUUCAUGGCUCAGUAUUGUGUUGGUGUGGUCUCAGAUUCACCUUCACAAUUCAUCUUGCAGUUUUAAUGAAUAUGCAAUAUUGGAUUCCUCUGUUGCUCUGCUUCUAUAAAAUAUGUUUUCUUGAAUGAUUUUAUAGCAUUACCCUGUUUUGAAGAAAUAUGGAACAGUCAGUAGUUCAACCUUUUUGCUAACACUGGUUAGUAUGGAUGCAAAAUUGAGGGUGGAGUGAAGGUCAGUUGCUCAUCUCCCUAUAUAUGGUGCUUUUCCUUCUUGGGAUAAAGUGUAAGCCGUUUCCCCCUUUUCUGGAUGAAGCAGUUGGCACUCGAUGACCUGGGAGCAGAGCGGGCAUUUGGCACAUGCUAUGCAGCACAAAUGUGAAUCGCGUCAGUGCAACAAAGAGUGCCAAAACCUUGAAAGAGUCACGAACUGCCUAUAUGACCCAGAGUAAAGGCUAUCACUGAUUUUCAGGGGUUUGAGGCCAUCGGGUGAAAAAGAUAAAUCGUGUAUCAGGUGAAGAUUUGUCGAGGAUCUGAGGUUCAGUAAGUGUUUACAGAUCAUAAUGUGAAGUAACCAAGAAAAAAGAACUUGGGCAGUUCAGCUGAUUGUUGAGAGUACAUCUAAUCAAAGCAGAGCUGGAAAAAUUAAAAUAAGUCUUGGCUUAAAUAAAAUUCAAGUUUUAGUUCCAAAUUUCUUACUAGCCUGUUAUGAAUUAAAAGUGAGAUCCAGUGUGGUGUAGUGGUUAGAGUGUUAAGCUGGGGAUUUGGAAGCCCUAGGUUCUAGUCCCUGCUCAACCAUGGAACUCACCAGGUGAGCUUGGACCAGUCACAGAUUCCCAGCUAAGCUACCUCACAGGGUUGUUGUUGCAAGGAUAAAAUGGAGCAAAGGAAAACCCUGUAAGUCACCUUAAAUUCCUUGUUAGAGGAAGAAAGGUAUGGUAUAAAUGUAAUAAUAAAAAUGUUUUCCUUGGUGGAUAUUGUGUUAGUAUAUUUAGUUAUAGAUAAUGUUUUGCUUUAGCCUUUGUCUAGAAGAUAUUAGCACUCCAAGAGAUAAAUAAUAAGGGAUGAUAUGCAUCUUUUUCUUUCUAAAGAAUCCAGUGAAUAGUGGAGACACUUUAUUUAGCCAUAUUUGGAAUAACCAAAAAUUGUGCUUUCAACAGAAAUAUGGAAAUAUGUAAAAAUUUAGGAACAGGCAAGAACAGAUUUGCAGGUGGCAAAUCUGAAAUAUAUUUGAGAAAGCAUUUCAGAACCACUGUUGUUCAGAAAUGAGAACUUUAACAUUAUGGUGCUUUUAACAUUGAGAGUGCAGAUUGACUGCUGCUACACAAACAUCUCAUAUAGGGUGCAGGUCUGUGGGCUUAACAGUAGUAAGCCCCCAAACUUGGAGGCAAGAUGAAUCACAGAGGUAAUUAUUGCCUCCCGUCCUCACAUACUCCAUUUUUCACUAGUUGCAGGAAAUUCUUGCAUUCUGUGUGCUGAACAUAAGCAAAUUAUUUACUCUUGUCAGUCAUCCGUCAGUUGAACUCUACAACUCAGAGGUAGCAAAUUCCAUCCCUUUGAUAGUAGGUCCGUGCCUAAAAUUUCAUCAUGUCCUUUGUCAAACACAUGUAACCUUUAAUCUCUGCUUUGGCUCUGCUGUGUCAAAUAAUAUUUCCCCUUUCCCAGAGUUUGUGAUUCAGUAUACCUUUGACUGGUCUUUCUCUUCCUACAGAUGCAUUAAUAGAUCCUAUUUAAAUACCUUAACCUAGGAAUGAUCAAGCAACUAUUCUUUUACUUGUUCCCUGUCAUUCCAUUUAUUAAUGUCAUCGUUGGUUUCUUUUCUUUUUGUAUCACUGUAGCUCAGUAGCAGAGCACGUGCUUUGCAUGAAAAAGGUCCCAGGUUCAACCUUGCCUUAACUGCAGGAGAACUGCUGCCAACCAGUGUCAUCAAUGCAGCUGUACUUGGCUAGAUGUACCAAUACUCUGAUUCAGCAUAUUGAACCUAUAAAUCACUUUAUUUUUUGUUUCAGUUGAGCAUGAUCAACCAGUUAUAAGCUUUAUGCUAUGGUCUGAGACCAUCUUAAACUGAAAAGCUGAUAGUUAUUCAUCUACACUAUCCAUGAGGCCUACUACCAUGCCACAAAAGAAGUCCAGCAUUCUGUGGGGUGACAGUACUAAUCUGUUAUAGUUAAAGCAGGGCUUGUGGCAUCUUCAGGGUUAAACAUUUCUUAUGACAUAAGCUCUCGUGGACUGUGGUUCAUGUAGUCAGAUGCAUGAAAUGUUUUCCUGAAUUGCAGUUACAGAUUCACAAGCAGGUGAAUAUUUUAGGUCUGUAUUAUUGUUCCUGAAUAAACAUAGGGACAGAGUUGGUUGCUGGGUCAGCUGCCAGGUCUGGUCCCUGUGGUGGUACCUUUGUUAUAUUUCCUGUUGUUGGCGGUGUAUAGCUGGUUUAGGUUGGGUGGCAUUACGAGUGGGACUGUCCAUACGUAAUUACAAGCCUGCCACCCAGGACCUAUAGGAAUUGUAGUAAUUGUCUAGGAUAGACUGUAGGCAAUUGAUGAUAAUAGUUGAGUGGUUUUGGAUGAGAGCUAUAGGUGACAAUGUCAUGUUCUGUCUUUUAGGUCUGUUCUGCAGUACAUUAUUCUAGUCUGAUCUUACUGAUCUGUUUUUCCCCCUUCAUUGAGAGGAUAUUGCAAUUUGAGAGAUGUCUGUUAGAAAUCCUUAGUUGUGAAUCUCUGCCUAAUUUGUCUGAACAGAUAUGGUUGUAUUGUUGUAAUUAAUAAUAUUACACAUCAUGGUGAGUUCUGGGUGAAAGGUGGAAAUAUGUUUAUAUGUGUAAUAAUCAAAAGUUUUCUGAAAGAAGAGCUACUUGUAUAUCCAACCGUUUUGUGGUUGUGCAGUAGUAUCAAGGAAAUUAAUAUUUUGGAUAGACUGAUCUAAGCUCAGGUUGAUGACAAGGCAAUAACUGAAAUUCUAAUAGACCUUCUCAGGUGCCUUCUUUCAUGAGUCUAAGCUAUAUAAGUGUGUGUCUAAGUUAUGAGUUUCAUGAGCUAAGUAUGUCAUCAGUGCCUCUGGUAAAGAAGAGGGUUGAACCUGCCCUCUGCAUGAGUCACUGCUCUCACAUUCCAGCCAGCCUCUAUGGGGGCAGACAGUUCAUUUCCGCUAUGCUCUUAGGCUGAAUCAUUCAGUCACAUCCAAGGCACAGACACAGUGGGACUACUGGCCUUCAGAGUUGCUCGCCCAGUGCAUCUCUGCAUGUGUGCUUUCCUCCUGAUCAGGAGGCAGCAUGUAUCUUUCCCUGAUUACAGAUGGUCAUUUAUUGAAGAUGAAGAUGUAUUGAGAAACUCAGUAUUGAGAAACUCAUGCAGAAAUUCAGGGAAUAGGCUGUGAAAAUGGGUCAUUCUUUUACAAGUCUGGACUGUUAACCUCUUGGGAUGUAAGAGUAAAGCAUGCACCCAAUUCAAAUUCAAAAAUGAUAAUUGUUUUCCAAAGGAAAAGUGAUCCUUUGAGAUUCUUUUAUUACUUACUGAAACAACAUAUGCAAAACAUUUAUUUAUUUAUGUCCAGCCUUUCCACAAAAAUGUUGCUAACAAAAUACAGAAUAAAAACAAAGUCUUAAAUAAAAUGUAGCAUAAAAGCAAAAAGGUUAACUACAAAAAUAAAACUACAUUUAUUUAACUACAUUUUAAGAAACUGCACCUAGCCACUUAAAAAUCCCUUCAGGAACAGACCAGCCCCUAUAUCAAAAGUCUGCCUGAAUAACGAAGUCUUUGUCUCCUGCCAGAGGGCAUCAACCUAGCCUUUCUCAGCAGGAAUUUCCAGAACAAAGAAGGCCCUCUCUCACAUUCCCCUCAAACAUCUCUCCUAGCCCUAAUACAAACCCAAACCCUUUGAUAACCUGGUCCCAAGUGGUAUAAGACUUUGUAGGCACUCAGCAAUAUUUUAAUUGUUCUUUUUUUUAUACGCACAUUAUUUGGCAUUUAUUUAUUAUUCUUUGUAUUUUUUACAGUUGUAAAUAGAAUUAGUUGGAAAGUAAAAGUAAAAAAAAGUAAAAAAAAAAAACAAACAUACCUGUAUUUCAGUAUUUUCCAAACUUCUAAUAGCUGAGGGUGUGAUUUAGGGAAAAUUGAGUAUAUUGCAUCCUACACUUGGUUUCGUUUUGUGUUCCAGUAGGGAACCUAAAAAAGGGUGCACAGGGUUUUCAGGUUGCCUCUAAUAUGAAGAUUAGAGCAAUAGAUCAAGUUCUUAACUAGUUGGAUCAUGUCCUAAUUUAGAGGAUCCCAUAACUAGAUUAAUUGUAUUGCAUACAUACGUGCCUCAUAAAGUUACUUUUCAUGCACUUUUCUAAGGAUAUGGUGACCCCUAAUGGACAGCUAAGACUCUACAUUCAGUAUUUUCUGGGGGAAAAUGGAGAAAAGCUUGGUUCUUAUUGUAGCCUACUUUGAACUCCUGUUUUGGAAAUUAAAUUAGAUAUGAAUACUUAAAUAUGCUUAAAGCAUUUUGUCUUUGUGUUUUUGUUCCAAUAUCUUUUGCAGAAAUCAAGCAUCUAAAAUCCCUACUGGGGAUUUUGGUCUCCUCUGAUUAGAAGCAGAUGAUUUUACAGUUCCACCAAUGGAUGCUUCUCUCUUAACUUCAAAAAUCUUGAACUUAGAAGAUGAUAUUUGGUAUUAAGGAUCAAGAUUUGGAUAAUACGAAAAUGAACCAUUUUCAACCCAGAAACAGCAUUUGGAAAAUUAAGGACAUUGCCUUCAUUUCUUUGCGUUGAUACUAUUUAGUGAAAUAUAUUAACAGACACAGAUUUUGGAGGCAGCAGUACUGUAUACCUUUGCAAGUCUGAAGUUGAUGAAGUGUGAUGCUUGUUUAUCUGUUUCAGUAUGACUUACAGUUACAAUAUAAAAUUCUUAGCUGCUGAGUAAAUGAAGUUUCAAAUAUUCAUUCACAAGAAGUAUAAAUCACAGUUAGCUCUGAGUUACCUUUACAAACCAUGAAAUACAUUAGUGUUUUUAUUAUGAAUUUUUAAGCUAUAUUCCCUGCCACAAUCCCAAGAAUAAAGACUCGAUUUGCCUCUAGUUUGUUGCUACUCUGUGGAAGACUCUUACCUUUGUUUAAUUACUUGAAAAAUUAUGAAUUAUUUAAAAUGAUGCUAUAUGUAUUUGUUAUAUGAAUCUAUAUUUUCUCCAUAAUCGAACAACUGCAAGAAUAACAUGUCCAAAGUACCUCAAAUACAUAUGUUCUUUGGUGCACCCAUCCUUCCAGCUUCAUUAAAGAAAUCAGAAGAGGAGACAUUUUCAACAGCUGCUGCUGAAACAUGGAGAAAACUCAUCUUUUCAUUGCCCAAAGGCACUUCUAACUUUUGCUGUAGAAAGAGCAGAUGCCUUGCCCACGCAGAGCAUCAGACAUCCAACAGUGCAAUGCUGACUUCCCAGUCCGAAGAUCACUCCAUAGCAAAGUUUGCAGAAAAGUGUGGGUUGGCUGAUGCUUUUGUGGCAGAAUGUGCAGCUGAUUCUAGAGAUAUACAGUCUUUCAAAAAGGAAACUAUAGAGACAAGUGAACAUGCUGAUAAUACUUUUUUCACCCAUUGUGAUAAAAGCACACAGAACUACAUGAGUCAUCUUGUAUAUCAGCCGCUUCCCUGUGAUGUAAAAACAGGUGAGCAACAAAACAAAGAGUCUGAAGAUGAAGGAGGUGCCAGUUUCAUGAUACAUAACCAACUUGAUACAUCUUCCUUGGUUUCUAGCACCAAAGAGAUUAGCAGAAAUGUAACUUCUAUGGCACAGGAUAAUAAGCCAUCAGAUUUUGAGCCUGACCAUCAUCAACUCGUGAGUCAAUAUCUGGAAUUUUUUUGUCCAACGAUAAUAAAAGCAUCAAAGACCAAGAAACCACUAGAUGGGUAUUCAAGCCAUGAUGUCUCAACUGAUACUGAAUUUCUUAGUACUCUGACAUUUAGCCAAGUUGCUCUGCUUUCAGGAAGGUAUGCUGUAGGCCAAAAUGAAAUUCAAGGCAAACCUUCAAAGUUGAAGGGAAAUGAAUUGAAAGAACCUUGCAGGGAAAAUGAAGUAGCUACAGAUCCAUUUAUUCAAUUAAAUGAAAAUGGUGGCACGUUUGCUGAGAUAAAUUGUAGACAAAACUAUGACAACUCUCCUGAACUUUUUGAUUCUGAUAGUACUUUAAAAGAUAGCUCAUCUUUAAGAGGAGCUAGCUUUCAGGAAAAUGCUAAUCUACCUGCAGGUGUUUUUCAUGCACUUGAUGCUAAAUUUAAUAAUGAGCUGUCUUUUACUGAACCAUGCAAGAAAGAAAUACCAUGCUCUCAAGGAGUUCACUCUGCUGAAAGUUUUCAAGCAUCCAAAAAUAAUUUACCUCUAACUAACUUUAUAGCUGAAAAUCAACAGCAAUCAAAGAAAGCCAAGUUGAUUUGUUCUCCAGUUUGUCCCAUUCCACAAAUUAAGAAAUUGAGAAUUUCAGGAGCUAAAAAAGUUCUGAAGCAUUUGUCGUUGCUUAAAGACUGCCUCUGCAAAGACCAGAAAUACACUAUCUUAGUAACAGUACUUCAUCCAUGUCAUAUCAAAGAAAUACAAAUUAAGCCAGGCACUAAAUGGUCCUCAAAUGUCCCCAUAGCUACAGUUGUAGUUUUUGAUCAAUCAGAAAUACAACGGAAAGUUGUGUUAUGGAGGAAGGCAGCCUUUUGGUCACUUACAGUCUUUCCUGGAGAUAUUGUACUAUUCAAAGAUGUCAUUAUAUAUGAGAAUAUCUGGGUUGGAGAAAUGAUGCUACAGUCAACGUUUACUACUCAGUUAAUGAAUCUCGGCAGCUGUUCAACUAUUAAUCUGAAUGAAUGUUCCCAUAUAGUGGAUGUUACUAUUCUCCAGGAUUUGCUGGCAUAUGUUUCUUCAAAGCAUGCCUAUCUUCAAGCAAUCCCCCAAAGACAGACACAGACUCUGAACAACAUACAACAUGUUCUACUGGACAAACUCAAACCAGAUACAUUGGUACACUCAAUAGUGAAAAUUGUCAGCAUCGCUGUGCUAACAGAGUCUGCAUAUAAUUUCAAAGGAGAAAGUGAAAGAAAGAUUAUUUUAACAGUGGAACAAGUUAAGGAUCAGCAUUGUAACUUAGUAUUAUGGGGAGCUUUAACAGCCCAUUAUCCUCAACUUCAAAGGAAAAGAGAUCAUUUAUGGGAAUUUAAAUAUUUGUUCUCAAAACACAAUCCUGUCUCUGGUGAACUUGAGUUGCACACUACACCAUGGUCAGUCCUCGAGUGUCUUUUUGAUGAUGACAUAAGAGCUGUUGAAUUCAGGAAGAUGUUUGAAAUUGAUAUCAAACCACUGAUGAAUGUUACUGUUCUUGCUGCACAUCUGGAAAAGAAAAGUUCUGGAAUAAUUCGAGUGAAGGCCUGCAUCUCACAGAUGAAAUUUACUGUUCCUUCCUCUCCAUAUGAGGUUGUAUUUGAUGCUAAUACUUCACUGCAACAGAUAUUCUCUUCUCUCGCUCUGAUCACAUAUGUGGGCUGUGCAAAAUGUGGACUUGAAUUACAAACAGAUGAUAACAAGAUCUUUAAACAGUGCAUUAGCUGCUUACCCUUUAAUCAAGUGGAGGUAUUCUACAGACCAGCACUGAUGAAUGUAGAGGAUGAAGGAUAUGAAAUUUCCAUUCGGGUGGUAUCAGAAUUGAUGAAGAAAAUGUUCCUCAAUAUUCCAGCAGCAUGGCUAAACAAGGCAGUAGAGCCUUCCUUAGACACAACCUAUGGCAUGAUUGUAGCGGACCUGUGCCGUUCGCUGCUCACAGGCACGAGGGCGUCCUAUCUUUUGACAAUCAGAAGCCAUUUCAUACUGGAUGAAAACAGCUAUCCUUUGGAGAAGGAAUUCAGUCUGCUGGGUUUUCAUCUUAAUCUCUGAAGAAAAAACUUUUGGGACUGUUUAGCCAGUUCUACCCUCCACACCCCAGUGCCUCCGUGACUGUAAAAAAUGAAUGCUUAUUUUUAACUAUAUGUAUAAAGUCUUCCUGAUUUACUUUUAUUUUUACAAAUGCCCAUUGUAUUAUUUAUCAAUACCAAUUGUCUCUGUGCCAGAACUUCCGGUCACCUAUUAAUAAAUUGGCAUUUAUUUA